AUGGCAAUUGGUCCUCGUGGAGCUAAAGCUACGCGGAUUAAUUCAGUACCGACUGACUUUGAAUUCGUACCCAUUCCUCAAGUUCAUAUGGAUUGUGAUACUAAGGAUGCAAAGAUCAUGAGGAAGACCGACGACAUAGCUGACAAUGAUAUUUUCAACUACAUGUACUACAAAUCCCCGAGUAUUGUUGAAGAAGCGGUUUUGUCUCUUACCGACCCAGGAAGCACGCACCGGUCAAGUACCGAAAAGACUUAA